UGUAGCCUCGGGACCUACCAUCAAUCAGCUUGAGCGAACGGUUCUAUUUCAGGUGGAAGCAUACUCAUUAUUCCCGAUUUAAAUCUGGUCUUUUCCCGAUGAUUACUGCGAGAAUUGUCGCUCGACGUGGCCUCGAACAAGACCAGUCCCGCGGAAUACAUCAUUGUCCUGGCUGGUGAGCAUCCCGCUGGAAGCAGAAAGGGAGGUGAGAGCUGUUGUGGUGAACUCAUUUGGGGGCCGGAGGGGGAUUAGGAAGAGAUCUAUGUGCGAAAUGAUGAGAUAUUGAAAAGUUUAUUCAAGAUAUAGUUAUUAUUAUCUAUGGAGACUAUUGCUUGAGCGAGACAAAGCGUAACUUAUACGGUUGUAGAAAGAACCGCAAUGUUCAAUUCCACUACCACUUAAUUUUCAGGUUCUUCUGUUUUUCACUAAGUUCAUCACCUUGAGGCGAAGUGUGCUGAUGAAGAUGGGUGCCUUUUAAUGUACUGGUUUAAUAUCUUGAACAGCCUCUUCUCCCUGUCCCUACUUUGGUAACCUCCCCUAAACUAGCUAGGGCUUAUGGAAAUAUUCCGGUUUCAGAUAAAAAAAUGUGUCAAUUUUGAAGGAAAGACAGUCGAGAUGAAGAGAAGUUCUAUUUUUGUGAUGUGUGGGAAGUGAUUAUCAACAUUCACCCUUAUUAUAUAUAUAUCACCCCUAUUAUCAACGGGGAUAUCCUUCCACCAGGUCAUUGCUGAGUAUUAGAGAUAAGAAAAUAUUAUUAUUGUUACUGAACACGUCUACAAACUACCUCAUCGGCAUCAAAGUAAUGCCUGUAAACUGCCCAAGGUUGAUAUAGUCUGAGGAAGAUUCAAAACUCAGUAUAUCUCUCUAGCAACACGCCCCUUCACUCUCCGCCCCUAUAUCGCUGCAUAUACCUAUAGGUAUGUAAGUAAGCACCUACAUCCUCCUAUGACCUUUGGGCUCCACAUUUCGGCCCAAGCCUAUUGAUACCCCACGAAUGGCUUUUCUCGAACCAGAGUCCUCCUCCCAAACAUUCUCUUUGCGCUGCUAUCCAAACGAGCAACACUUAUUAGGACUGUGUAUCAGGUCUAGUUGUUUUUCAUCGUACACCUGUCAGCCGAAUAUUUUACCGCGAUGUGAGCAUCCAGGCACCCCAAAUCGCGUCUUCUUCCCCCCUCGCAGUAUCGAGGCUCAGAGCUCAUAUUAACGUCAUUGCCCUAAGGCAGAAGAAGUUCGUGGGCAAAGUGAUGUCCUAUCACUAUGGAGGAAUCACAACGAGUCCCCUGGGCAGUGGGGAUUGGCUCGAGGCCUAUGGCCUGUACGCUACCGUUUGUGGAGCUUCAGCUAAGCGCGGCCCCAUCCAAAAGCUUACGCCAACUUCAUAUCUCCAAACCUCCUGGCAGGGGCUUCAGAAAUGUGAAUGGUGAGUUAAAACAUUGCAAUUCAAAGUGCUGUGGGAGUGUCCUUCUAGGCUCACGAUCUCCUGCCCAGCCGGGCUGCUACCGGUUUCGAUACCGACGAGGCCGAAUCCAUGUAGGCAGGACCCAAACAAGCUGUGAGGGACUGAGUUUCUCUGGCUGCUCAACAUGCUGAAUCGGGAGCAGCAAUCUUUUGGGGGUUGCAGUAAAUCCAGAGCAGGUUGAUCGAUGCAGCCCUUGAGGCGAGCUCAGGUAUCUGUGAAAAGUCAAGCUCCGACCUCGGCGUUUCCUGGAAACUUGAGGACGUGGAGGGAGGCUUGGCCGGGUGCGAGCAACGUUGUUGUCUCUAAGGGUGCCUUGCCAGGGCCUCCUCGCCUUGCAUCAGGCUCUGGCUCUAGUGCCAUGGGUGGCUUGAGGUACUGAUAUGACAUUAUUGGCAACAUUUAGUCGUGGCUGACGUGCAGAAAUUGUAUGCACAAUACAAACAGGAUUUGAGUAGAAUUCACCUCGCUCGAUGGCGUGGCACAGUUUUCAUGGACGGAUCGGAGGACAUGCGCAGUGUUUCGAAGCAGAACUGUUCGAGGAUGCUUAAUUAACUAGGUUAAUGGACCAGCAACUGCUCAAUACUGCCAACAGAAAAGCCGCUAGUCCCCUGCUGGGAAAUUUCCAACCACCUGGGCCUGGGGGGAGGUUAGAGUCUGAAGCGAUACGAUGUAACCGGGCCUGAAGCGUCGAGCGCCGCCCUGUUUCCGCUUCACAUAUAUUUGGUCAGGCAGUGAGGGAAAAGGAUUAUAUUCACGCCAAACGCCCAAUUCAUCCGGACUUCAACCCCGUUUGUUUCUUGGUGAGGCUUAUUUCUACUUGAGAAUUUCCUGGUUAAACGGUAGGGCAUGACCGCCAGUUGCUUGCUAGCCUGGGGCCUCACCCUCACCUGACAUAAUAUUAUUGAGGAACCCAGCAAAACACAACUACUAUUAACAAAGAAUGGCUAUCCCCAUCAACUGCUAAAUAAUGAGCGGGGUGCUGAAAAACCGGGAAAGAGUACGUGGGCGGAUGACAGAACGACAGCUGGUUGCCAGAUGUGAAAACACUCCGCAAAAAUCAAAUGGGUUUGCCUUCGGACAAAAUGGAUGAGCAGGAAAUAGGGCUGCCAUUUGAAGCGUCGAAGUCAAGCCUCACACGGAGGCUCAUGGAGCGCCAAUCCUUUGCGCCAAAUGCUAAUCUUGGAGGAAAUGCCACAGAGGAUUUACGACCUACAUAGUAUGCUGAACGUCUCCACAGUAGCUUUUGCCUUGCCAGCAAAAUGCUCCACAUCGAUUGAAGCCUCACGCCGGAAUAACUUUUGAUAGGUUUGGCGGGCCCGUUUUGUGCACGUACGCCCUAUCAAUGGGGUGGAUUGACUUGUUCGCGCCCUCCUCCCCUGGGGUUCAAAUCGUCACUCUAUACCUGCCUGGCCGCUGACAGUUUUUCCGGAAUACUGCUAGGAUGCCUUCUGUUGAUGAGCAGAGUCGGUUUUCUCGCCUUACUCGAUGAGUUGACGACUGAACUGACUUUCCAUCUUAUGAAAAUGCUUCCAUUUGCGACUUGAGGAAGGAGACUUUCUUGACUGCGGCCUUUUUCCCUAUUCUCAGAUCUCCCUGUCCCUCGUCCCUUGUUUCCUCCACCUUUUUUCUGUGCUCCUUUUCGCUUCUGGUCUUUGCUAUUGCAUCUCUGCGUAUUUUACUCAGUUUACUCAGUACCGAUUGAGCUGAUCUCGAUUUCCCAACACUACUUUGCGGUAUUGAUACACUUUGACCUGGUAUGAAAUCUUAGAACUCAUCAUUUGCUCCACAGAAUCGCCUACCCAAGCCAGGAACACUGAGCUGGCACCCCUAACAUGGCACUCAACCAUCAUUUGAGUUUAAAUUAUCCCGAUGCCGAUGUUUCCCAAAACCAGUAUGAUUUAGUUGAGCGGGGGAUCCAGGAACCGGUUCUUCCAUCGGAUCUAUCCCACGAUUUACGAGGCGUCCAACCCACUGAAAGCGAGAGCUAUGACUCGGAAUUCCUCACCUAUGCGCAACGUGACUCCAACCCCCCCAUUUCGUCUGGGUUAGGGGAGGUACAGGGUACACAACUCCGACGACUAGAGGAACAUUGGGAAGUCACUUUGAAACCUUCUCCAGCUGCUCCAAAUUUUGGGUCUGGCGCCACUACCGGAACAGCACAAUGUGCUGAGUCGCGAACAGCUGAACCUUGGGACCAAUGGAGCUACGAUUUUGACGCCAUGCUGUCCAUGUAUACUUCCGCAGAGAACCUUGAUACCAUCAACCCGGGAGCCUCAGAGUUUACAGGUGGUUUUGUGGCCUCAGACGGCGGUAUAAGAGAGUUAGAGGUUAGCUACUCACAUCAAGACCAAUCUGCAAGGUUUCUAACGGAGCCCGGUUAUCUACCGGACAAGUCGAAUUUGGUGCCGUCGCACCAAUAUAGUAGGAUUUCCUCUACCUGUCGUGAUGUCUGCGAUUUACUAGAGCAUUGUGGAGCCACGAACGACGCUCUCGUGAGAUACGAUUCUCAUGUUGCUUCUGGUUUGGUUGAGCAACAGGACACUCAGAUACCCAACAAUGGGCAGCAAGGUUUGGAUGUGUUGCCUGUUUCGUGUGAACCGAUGGACGGAAGGACAAACCUGCAAACUGCCAAUCCGAAUGAGCGCACGGGUGAUAUACAGGGUGACUCGAAGCAGAAAAGUUGCUGGCAAUGUCGGUUCAAACAUGAAAAGUGUGCCGGCGGGACCCCUUGUCGUAAUUGCGAAGACAUAAAGGGACGCAAAGGACCUUAUCGCUAUAUAGUCCCAUGUUUUAGAAAUGGGCUGGAAGAAUUUAGUGGCGCACUUUUUCCAGACACCCUGAGUGGUCAGAUAUUGCCCCAUAGUUGGCAUCCUGAGCAUAUAACUCACUUUCAAAAUAAUCCAUUCCCUGGAAGAUUUACUCUCCUGAUUAGUGUUGGGUUUGGCGAGCCUAUUCAGACCCGUGGAUGGAGGAUUGACGCACAGCGAGAAGUGCUCGUAAGGACACGAACAAUAAAAACCGACAAUGGAAGCUCAACCGUCGCUUCUGAAGAAGUCCUCCCGAUUCGUCCAGGGGGUAAGUUGAACGAUUUCUAUAACAACAUCAGAUCUUGGGUGCAUAAUAUGGUCCAAAGGCCAGAUUUAGGUUCCUGGAUUUCUGCAACUCAGAAGAACAAAAUUCACAGUCGUGCGAGCUGUCAGGUAUUGCUCGCGAUUUGCCGUUACUUUGUUGAGUGCGGAGCCGACGACUUCGCUCCACGGGCCUCGCUAGGGCUCUCUGCGGAGGAUCGAGAAUCUAGAGUCGAUCCUAACGCUACUCUGCGCCACGCUUUGAAAGCGGCUAUCCUUGCGACUGUACUUUCUACAUGCUUAAAGAUUGCCCCCGAGAGCUUCGAGAGUCUCCAGGAGAUCUUUCAAAUGCAUCCUGAUGAACUAUCUCGAAUGCGGACAAUACCACACUUAGUGAACAAAGCGUUUAAGCUUGCGGUUUAUAAAAUCGAGGAGUUCCACAUAUAUCAUGCACUUCUUGGGCUUGAUAAGCUGCUGGGCCAAAAAGGCAUACCAGAAGGUCAUGUAGGCUGCAUCGUUACUCUUCUCGCCACCGCAAUGAGUUCUACGCAACUUUCAUUAGUGGACCUUUGUCGCACGACACGGGGCACUGAUGGGGCCGUGGUGUUUGCGCAAGUAAAGCAUGAAAUCUCCGAACUGGAAUCUCUAUUUUCUAAACUAAGGUGCCUUUUCCACCGGCGAUGCAAAAUCGAACGCAUCAGGGAAGAACAACGAUAUAGAGGUCUAGACGUAAAAACUCAAAAAUUAGUGGAUAGCCUCUCGAAGGAAAUUCGUGCAUUAAAGGAGAAUACAAGUAAUAUGGACGACCUGGAGUUUGAAAGUAUGGAGCAUAUCCAGGACCUUGCACUUGGAAAUAGUGUACCGGGGGAUAUUGCUCAAUUCAACAGUGAUAGGUUAUUUUAUGGCCUAUGGGGUCCUUUGUUGCCCGAAAACUCCCGCAAACGCAAGAGUCGGAAUUAAGGGAACUUGGGAAUUCACAACCCAACUGAUUCCAAAAGAAAAUUACUGUAACCUCCGAUUCUAGGUGCAUUCAGCCUGAACGCCUGGCACAUCCCGUUUCCCUUUCCCUACGGCGAUGUAUUUGCAGUUUCCAACUGGAUGAGUACUCUGUAGACAGUAUUAGGAAGAGGGAUUCCUAUCCUAUCUUGCCGUUCUCCAAAUGUUGUUUUUAAAGGUGGCUUGGAUCGUUGCUGUCCGCCUUUCGUAAGUCGUGAUGUAAUGAGAGCUUUCUCGCCCCCUGUUUGUUUUGGACAUCUUGACUUUACACAGAUUGUCUGAAUAAUUUACCCGUCAGAUUUCUUGCUUUAUAGAUAGCCUCAUAAUGUAUAAUUGAGCAUUUUUGUUAUUGGAUAGAUAGUUAUGUUUGAGGGGGAGAAGAGCCGUCUGCUGUUCAAAGCGUCUAGCGUAUAGCGUCCUGCACUUCAAAGGAAUUACAUAGUAUUCAUCAUAAACAAAUAUAGACAGAAUACUAUAUUCUUGAGGAAAGGGUAGAUAUUCUGAAACACCACAUCUAAUCGAAAUAAUAAGACAGCACGCUGCCUGACGUACGCAUAGUACAUGUCAUAUGUAAAAAGAAAUGUCCAUCAU